GCACCGGUCCGCGGGUAGAGGGGGCCCGAUAAGCUGCCUCAUUUAUAUACUCCGCGUGCCACGCUCGCCAACAUUCCACUCUGGUGUGCUCGAGUUGUAGUGUUGUGCAGCAAUAUUGAGGCUGUGCUAUAGAAAUAGUAAUUUAUUACUUAGGACUUAAUAAAAAAAUAAUUCACAAUGUGUGACGAAGAAGUAGCCGCGUUGGUAGUAGACAAUGGGUCUGGUAUGUGCAAGGCUGGGUUCGCCGGCGACGACGCGCCCCGCGCCGUGUUCCCCUCCAUCGUGGGCAGGCCGCGCCACCAGGGCGUCAUGGUCGGCAUGGGACAGAAGGACUCUUACGUAGGAGACGAGGCCCAGAGCAAGAGAGGCAUCCUCACGCUCAAAUACCCCAUCGAGCACGGCAUCGUCACCAACUGGGAUGACAUGGAGAAGAUCUGGCACCACACCUUCUACAACGAGCUGCGAGUGGCGCCCGAGGAGCACCCCGUGCUGCUCACCGAGGCUCCCCUCAACCCCAAAGCCAACAGAGAGAAGAUGACACAAAUCAUGUUUGAGACGUUCAACACCCCCGCCAUGUACGUGGCCAUCCAGGCUGUCCUGUCGCUGUACGCGUCCGGAAGAACCACCGGUAUCGUGCUGGACUCCGGCGACGGCGUCUCCCACACCGUGCCCAUCUACGAGGGAUACGCUCUCCCGCACGCCAUCCUGCGUCUGGACUUGGCCGGUCGCGACCUCACAGACUACCUCAUGAAGAUCCUCACCGAGCGCGGCUACUCCUUCACCACCACGGCCGAGAGAGAAAUCGUACGCGACAUUAAGGAGAAGCUCUGCUACGUCGCCCUGGACUUCGAGCAGGAGAUGGCCACCGCCGCCUCCAGCAGCUCGCUAGAGAAGUCCUACGAGCUUCCCGACGGUCAAGUCAUCACCAUCGGAAACGAGAGAUUCCGUUGCCCAGAGGCUCUCUUCCAACCUUCAUUCUUGGGUAUGGAAGCUUGCGGUAUCCACGAAACCACAUACAAUUCCAUCAUGAAGUGUGAUGUCGACAUCCGUAAGGACCUGUACGCCAACACGGUAUUGUCUGGAGGUACCACCAUGUACCCAGGUAUCGCUGACCGCAUGCAAAAGGAGAUCACGGCGCUGGCGCCAUCCACAAUGAAGAUCAAGAUCAUCGCUCCACCAGAGAGGAAGUACUCCGUAUGGAUCGGAGGCUCUAUCCUCGCAUCUCUCUCUACCUUCCAACAGAUGUGGAUCUCGAAACAGGAAUACGACGAAUCUGGCCCCUCCAUUGUACACAGGAAGUGUUUCUAAGCGUGCAAAUUUUGCGAAGAGUUGCCACAGGCAGCAGCUCACGGCUUUGUCGGCCCCGCGGUCGGCUGCUCAACUCAGGCUUGUAAUCUCCGUUAAUUUAAUUUUACGUUAAGAUAUUAUUAUGUAAUGAAUCGUAAUUGCGACGACGGAACGAAGCGUGGAGCCGCGGGCGCGCCUCGACCGUCGGCCACGGUACUGCACUCGCCAAAGGAUCUUUUGUAAUCUCAUGAAUGAUGAUUGUAUGUGCUGAAACGAAUAAGACUACUUUCUUACUACUUAGGUCAUUUAUAAAUUAUAAACAAUGAAAAUGCAUGAAAAAAAUUCGUAAAAUUUAAAA